GCACGCGAUUCUAAAUUUCUUUUUUUUACCAAUCUGAUCAUAGUAACCAUUAUUUAUCCUUCCAUGUGAAAAUAAGAUGUUUCUGGAAACACGAAUUAUCCCGUCCGAACGGAUAUUCGGGUAAACUUGUGAGGAUAAAUUUAGUAUAAAAGUAGGCCAUAUUUUAAAUAAAGCAGGAUUCAAACGCAGAAGCUCUUGGAGUAAAGACGUUUAAUUCUAAAUAUCCGAAAUAGGACAGAGCCCCUGGAUUUCCGAGCCAAACACCCCCUUCCGUCUGCAUAGGCUUCCCAACCUUGGAUCAGAAGCAACUAGCGGGAAGGACUGGAUUAGUAGGCGAAGUAUCAAAUACUCUGUCCACUCUGCUGCUGUUUGUUUCUCCUCCGUUACAACCCUGCAACUCUUGCUGAGGGCCAAACCUUCGCGUGGCCUGCCGGAGAAGCUCGGUUCGUAACAUUUGGUGGCUCCAGAGAGGAAGAAGAUUUCGCGGAAAAUUACGAUUCCGAAACUAUCGGUUCUUGAAAGACGGAAGAAGAUUGAACAGAAAAUUUCUUUUUCGAAGCUAUCGGUUUCUGUGAGAAUUUUCUCUACGAAGCAUUCGAUCUAGAAGUCUGUUGUGUCGGAGACAUAAUUUUUCUGCUUGUCGAAAGGGAUCUGUGUAUUUUUUGCUGCACAGAUAUACUAACUUUCAACAAUGGCGAGCAGAAGAUCAUAUUUUGUUGAAAAUGAGCAAGGUGCUUGUCGCUUGUGCACUAGGCCAGAUGAAAUUGAUGAUAUGGUACGCUGCGAUGAAUGCGACCGUUGGUUUCACGCUUCAUGCGUAAAGGUAAUACGAUUGCCCGAUGAAGAUGAAGAAUUUGUUUGCGUGAAAUGCAGAAACGAUAGGGCGGAGUAUAUGGAAAUUUCGCAAUCCACAAAUCAGGAUACAACCCUAAAGGCACUAAUUGAAGCGUUGAAAAUGAGUGGUUUGACCUCAUCAACUCAUAUCAAACGCAUGACCCUAAAUAGUUUGCCAAAUUUUAAUGGUACUUCAAAAGAUUGGCCAAAGUUCAAACGUGCCUUUGAAGAAACCACCGAGGAAGGAAGUUUCAGCAAUGUAGAAAACUUAAAUCGUUUACAACAUGCUUUGAAAGGAGAAGCAGAAAGAUGUGUUCGUCGAUUGUUUCUCGAACCAGACAACGUUCCAAUCAUUAUGAAGAAAUUAGAAGAACAGUUCGGGAGACCAGAACAAGUGUAUCAAGAUUUACUUGGAGAAGUAUUAAAGGUUAGAGUCGAGAACCAGAUGAAGAUACCGGAUCUGUCAGAUGCUUUGGAAGACAUGAUCAUCAACCUCAAAGCUAUUAAAAAAGAGGGAUACCUUCAAGACCACAGAUUAGUGGAUGAAUUAAUUUUUAAAUUUUCGACCGAUAAACAAUUGAAAUGGAUCGAAUUUAAGUCUAGCCUUGAGAAAAAGAACAAAAUACCAACACUUGAACAUUUUAGUGAAUGGCUUUAUCCGAUAGCAGAAAAUAUCAGAAAAUUGCCGAAAAGGAAUGAAAGAUUUCGACAACCUGUAAACUUUCAUCGUCCUCAAUUUUCGCCAAAUCAACAACGUCCAGCGGAAAUAAACAACAAUCGUCCGAUGAAUCGUCCACCACAACCUCAUAAUUCUCACCCGAUGAACACACAAACCAGACCAUUCAAUACACGUGUGCGGAACGUUCAACGAUUUUUCCAGCCAUGUCCAUGUUGUCAGGGUUCUCACGCACUAUAUCGAUGUGAACGUUUUAAGAAUAUUCCGGUACAUGAAAGGCUAGAAAUAGUGGUAAACAGCCAGCAGUGUCAAGCAUGUUUGACAUCGAAUAAUCAUAGCCAGAACAAUUGCAAUGAGGCUAGAGAAUGCGGUAUUCAAGGAUGCAGAGAAACCCAUCAUCAGUUACUGCACACUGGCGACACAGUGCGGAUGAAUUAUCAUCAAACAAUCCAAAAUGUCUACUACCAGAUUGUUCCAGUGGUUUUGCGAAACAAUAAUCACACGUUAGAAACGUACGCAUUUUUAGAUGCCGGGUCAUCUUUAACACUCAUCGAAGAGAAUACGGCAAAUAAAUUGCACUUAAACGGUGUAACCGAUCCAUUAACCCUAACAUGGACACAAAACCUAUCGGUGCAGGAAAACUGUAGCAGAAGAGUGAGCUGCAUGAUCAAAGGAAUGAACGAGAAAAAAGAACAUUUACUUAAUGGUAUACGGACUGUGAAAAAUCUACAACUGCCAAGUCAAACGUUAUCUGGCAGCAUAUUAGCAGCACGUUAUCCGCAUCUUAAAGGUAUCAAACUAUCCGACUACCAGAAAGCUCGUCCAACUGUGCUGAUUGGAUUAAACCACAGUCAUCUUUUAAUGCCGCUUGGUCGAAAGAUGGGACGACCGGAAGAACCAAUGGCGAUUAAAACCAAACUUGGAUGGUUGAUUUUUGGCAUCGACAAAAUAUGUCUAUCAGAAACAAAUCACUUAAUGAUUCACAAGAGCGAGGAUUUGAUGACUGAAAUGAUGCGACAAUAUUUUUCCACCGAAGAGUUUGGCGUUAAACCGGUGAAAACAGUAAAAUCUCAAGCAUUAGAGAGAGCGGAGACCAUCAUCGAGAAAACACUGAAGAAAACGGAUGGUAGAUACGAAGUAGGCUUGCUAUGGAGAGAUGAUAACGUCAUAUUGCCGAACAGCUAUAGCAACGCGCUCCGUCGCCUAGCAACGCAAGAGAAACAGCUAGCAAAGGACCCUGGUUUGAAAAAUUGGCUGUGCAAAACAUUUGAAGAGUACCAGCAGAAAGGAUACAUACGCAAGCUUACGAAAGAAGAGUUGAAACGGCAUUCACAAAAAAUAUUUUACAUUCCUCACUUUGUGGUAGUGAACAAAAAUAAGCCGAUACCAAAGCCGAGACGAGAUGGCAUCUUUAUUUGGAGUGCUCCUUCGAUUCCGUGAAGGACCCAUCUGUGUGUGUGGUGACAUCAAGGAGAUGUUUCACCAAGUGAAAAUUCGGAAGGAAGAUCAAGAUGCGCAGCGAAUUUUAUGGCGUGACGGCGAUAGUACCAGAACACCAGAUACUUACGUCAUGCAGGUUAUGACGUUCGGAGCAACUUGCUCACCGGCAUGUGCGCAGGUAGUGAAAAAUCGCAAUGCGGAAGAAAAUAGUGAAAUGUACCCGUUAGCACUUGAACCAAUUCGAAACCAGCAUUACGUGGAUGAUUACCUCGAUAGUUUCUUUUCUAUGGAAAAGGCGAUCAAAACGGUGACUGAGGUGAUUCAGGUUCACGAAAAUGGUGGAUUUCAUAUAAGAAAUUUCAUCUCGAAUAAGCGAGAGCUAAUGGAAGCUAUUCCUCAAGAACGAUAUCAGGUGAAGGCUAUCGUCGAUAUAAAGGAAAAAGACUCGUGUGUCGAGAAGAUCCAGGGAGUCCAGUGGAACACACAAUUGGAUUGCUUCGGGUACAAGGUAGAUCUUGGACGAAUAAAUAUGGAAAAGAAGCCAACCAAAAGAGAAGCUUUGAGCUUCGUAAUGAGUGCAUAUGAUCCACUUGGCCUCAUUAGUCACAUAACCAUCCAGGGACGUAUUCUAAUGCAAUCUAUCAACGCCGCAACAAAUGAUUGGGAUACGCAGAUUCCUGAUAGUUUGCAUGGAAAAUGGAUCGAAUGGCUCAAAAUGAUCACCAGCGUUAAAGAUUUAGCCAUCCCAAGACCAAUUGUUGCUUCAAUUAUGAAUCCAGUUGAAAUCCACACAUUUGUAGACGCUUCACAGGAAGCAUUUGCUGCAGCCGUAUAUGCAAGAAGCAAUUUCAAUGGGUGCUUUGUCGUACGACUAGUUGCAGCAAAGUCUAGAGUGGCUCCAACGAAGGCUUUGUCAAUACCAAGACUAGAGCUACAAGCAGCAGUUUUAGGAGCCAGAUUGACUGCUAGCGUAAUUAAGGAGCUUAGAUUAACGAUUAGUCGUACAAUAUUCUGGAGUGAUUCGAAAAUUGUUCUUGCGUGGAUUAACAGCGAACAUAGAAAGUAUGAAGUUUUCGUAUCGCAUCGUGUAAGUGAAAUAUUGGACACAACCAGUGCCAACCAAUGGAGAUGGGUAUCCACAAAGGAUAAUCCAGCCGAUAUUGCCACGAAAAUCACCAGUAAUUCGUGGACAUGGUACAAUGGCCCACAGUUUUUACAAGAGCAUGAACGCGACUGGCCUGGAGUACAUGAAGUAGGUGAAGAACAGCACAUCGUUACCGUGCACAAAGAAACAAUUGCUCCAGAAUACUAUUUUUCAUCGUGGGACAAAUUGCUGAAGCACCAAACAGUUAUGAAAAAAUACGUCGAUUUCUUGAAGAACCGGAGCAAUUUUUCUCGAACCAUAUCGUACAGGGACAUGGAAACGGCUAAACUCUCAUUACUGCGAAAAGCUCAGUGGGAAGGUUUUCCUGAAGAGAUGGAAGCUCUCGAAAAAAGAAAGGAGAUUUCGAACAAAAGCAGUAUUCGAACACUAGUACCGUUUCUAGAUGAAAAAGGAAUAUUAAGAUCAAGAGGCCGUCUAGAAAAUGCAUCAUGCUUGCCAUACAGCGCGCGUUUACCAAUCAUUUUACCACAAAAGUCACGUGUUGUGAAACUUCUCGUUCGAGACUACCACGAGAAGUAUAUGCACCAGGCAGAUAAUGUUAUAAUCGGAGUUUUAAGACAAAACUAUUGGAUUAUCAAUCUACGAACAGUCUUAAAAAAUGUGAAAAGUUGCUGCCAAAGAUGUAUUUUGAACACCGCUGCUCCUAAAGCACCUCUCAUGGCACCGCUACCAACAUUUAGAACGCAUCCAUACAAUCCUCCAUUUCUACAUACAGGAGUAGAUUACUUUGGUCCUCUAGAUGUGACCGUUAAGCGCUCUACUGAGAAACGGUGGGGAGCGAUAUUUACCUGUAUGAGCACAAGAGCUGUACACCUGGAAUUAGCAGAGAAACUGGACACCGAUAGUUUCAUGGUGUGUUUGAAUAACUUCCUUCAUCGCCGCGGAAAGAUAACACAUCUGUACAGUGACAACGGAACAAAUUUUGUUGGCGCAGAAAAAGAAUUGAAGAAAAUUGUCGAAGAUAUCGAUCUAAGAAUGGGACGUGAGGCUGCACUAAAAUAUAAAAUAGAAUGGAAGUUCAACCCGCCUGCAGCACCGCACUUCGGAGGUUCCUGGGAACGUCUGAUUCAAAACAUAAAGAAAGCAUUGCGACAUAUGGUUACUGAAUGGAAGACGCGGCACCCAACACCAGAAACAUUAAGAGCAGAUCGAAUCCAUUUUAAAUUCGCGACCUUUAACACAUUUGCCGCUAACGUCAGAAGAAGAAGAGGUUCUUACACCAUUCCAUUUCUUAAUUGGUAGAGGAGAUUCCUUACCAGCACCUACUGAAACAUCGCAAGUGGAUCGGCAACAAUUUAGAUUGGCACAGCACAAUGCUAAAACAUUCUGGGAUCGAUGGAAAAAGGAAUACCUGCCUACUUUGAUUAAACGAAGUAAGUGGACGUGCAAGGUAGAACCCAUCAAGGUUAAUGAUAUAGUGAUCAUCACGAAUGAUAACGCUCCACCUGGACAAUGGCUUAAAGGAAGGGUAGUAGAGACUGCAACAGCACCAGAUGGACAAGUUAGAUCAGUGUCGGUCAAAACAGUCCAAGGUGUAAUAAAACGACCAGCAGUGAAAGUUGCAGUCAUAGACGUGAAGCAGAAGGAGCAUUUGCUGGUUGUGAAGAAGCCACCGCCAUCACCAACAAAAAGAAAAGUGCUAUCUGAAGUAAAUUUGCAGAAAGUCCCGCCAAAGAAACGCAUGAUAGCUCCAUGCAAUUGGGCUCCGAAACUUGUACAACAGUUGAAAAAAGAAGAUGAUGUAUGAAUCGCGGCCAAUAUAGCAUAAUCCAUUGGGAUGAAUUAUGGUGGGGAGAAUGUUACGCACGCGAUUCUAAAUUUCUUUUUUUUACCAAUCUGAUCAUAGUAACCAUUAUUUAUCCUUCCAUGUGAAAAUAAGAUGUUUCUGGAAACACGAAUUAUCCCGUCCGAACGGAUAUUCGGGUAAACUUGUGAGGAUAAAUUUAGUAUAAAAGUAGGCCAUAUUUUAAAUAAAGCAGGAUUCAAACGCAGAAGCUCUUGGAGUAAAGACGUUUAAUUCUAAAUAUCCGAAAUAGGACAGAGCCCCUGGAUUUCCGAGCCAAACACCCCCUUCCGUCUGCAUAGGCUUCCCAACCUUGGAUCAGAAGCAACUAGCGGGAAGGACUGGAUUAGUAGGCGAAGUAUCAAAUACUCUGUCCACUCUGCUGCUGUUUGUUUCUCCUCCGUUACAACCCUGCAACUCUUGCUGAGGGCCAAACCUUCGCGUGGCCUGCCGGAGAAGCUCGGUUCGUAACACUCACCUUCCCUUGUUUACAUUGCCCUAUAUUGGAAAUAGUCUCAUAAAUCAGUAUAUUUUACAAAGUCGACCAUUGUUACUCAUCAAGUGAUGGCCAUUGGCACCAAAAUGUUUGUCGAGCGAGAGGGGAAGGGGUGCAUUUGUUUCGCGAGUCUCGGGGCCCCACC